AUGGCGCUGACAAAUGCUUGGGGCAUAGGGUAUAUAGCAUCCAUGACCCAGUCCAAGUCUUCCUACUCCUGUUCUGAUGUCCUACUAUCUUCUAAGAGAUUUUCAAAUCUCAAGCUUAGUUUCUUCUCUGGUUGGGCAAGAGGAUUGGCUUAUCAUCAUGAAGAUUCUAAUCCUCGUGUAAUUGAUCGAGAUUUUAAGGCCAGCAAUGUCCUACUAGAAGAUGAUUUCAGCUCAAAGGUUUCAGAUUUUGGGUUGGCAAGGGAAGAAACAGAAGGAAGUCAUCAUAUAUCUACUCUGGUCGUGGGAACUUUUGGGUAUGUUGCUUCUGAAUAUGCAAUGACAGGGCAUCUACUUGUCAAAAGUGAUGUAUACAGUUAUGGGGUCGUGUUGCUUGAGCUUCUCUCUGGAAGAAAACCAGUUGACAUGUCCCAACCACCAGGACGGGAGAACCUAGUAGUCUGA